AUGUUCCCGCCGCCGUUCCUCCCGUUCCCGCAGCCUGACGGCUUCCUCCCGUACUACGGCGGGUACGCGCUCCCCGACAUGGGCGGCCUGGGCCUCUCGAUCCAGCUCGUCACCGCGGCCAACUUCGAGGCGGAGCUCUACACCAUCGCCGCCCUGCUGCCGAAGUUCCCCGUCGUCGCCAUCGACACGGAGUACCCGGGCACCGUGCAUCGCCCGCCCGCGGGGCGGCGCGAGCGCGACCUCGCCCCGGCCGACCGCUACGCGCUCGUGAAGGCCAACGUGGACGAGCUCCCCAUCGUCCGGCUCGGGAUCACGCUCUGCGACGCCGACGGGAACGUCCCGCUCGUCGCCGGCGCCGGCGCCGCCCGCCCCCGCGAGCGCGCCUGGGAGUUCAUCUUCUCCGACUUCGACCCCCUCCGCGACCGCCACGCGCCGGAGUCCGUGGCGUUCCUGCGGUCGCGCGGCGUGGACUUCCGCCUGGCGCCCGAGGGCGGCGUGCGCGCCGCCGCGUUCGCGGCCAGGCUCGCCGCCGUGUUGGCCCCGGCGCGGCUGCGGGGGGACUUGGCAUGGGCGGCGUUCGGCGGCGCGUACGACUUCGCCUACAUGGUGAAGAUGCUCUCCGGCGGGCAGCCGCUGCCGGGGACCUGGCACGACUUCAUGGCACAGACCAAGGCCCUCCUCGGCGGGCGGCUGUUCGACGGCAAGUACAUGGCGGAGCACUCCGGCCGCCCGGACCUGUGCGGCGGAGGCCUCAGGCGCGUCGCAGCCCGCCUCGGCGCGCCGAUGCCCAACCCGGCGGCGCCGUGCCUUGCCGGCCCCAAGAGCUACAUAGCCUGCGGCAUCUACACGGCGAUGAGGAGGCACUUCCGGGACCAAGACCACGGCGUGGGAUGGCGCUUCUUCAUAGACCAUGACCACGGCGCCUGGUUCGACGGGCUCAUCGAUGGCUUUCAUUGA